AUGCCGGACGCCGCGGACGGGUGGGGCGGGGACGAGAGCGACGACGACUGGCCGGAGGUGGACGCCAGCGCGGACGCGGGGACGCCCGACGGCGGCGGGGACGUCGACGCGGGAUGGGGCGACGACGAGCCGCCGUCCCCGGUCGUCGCGACGAGAGCGUCGGCGCCCUCGUCGACGACGACGCGCGCGAUGCCGUCGCCGAUAGGGAUCGCGCCCACGAGCGAGCCGCGGCCGCCGUCGCCUUCGCCGCCGUCGCCGCCGCCGCCGGGACACGCCGCGACGACGUUCGCGCGCGCCGAGUCGAGCAGCCUCGCGGAUCUGUUCGGCGCGGACGACGACGGCGACGGCGACGGCGACGGCAUCUUCGGCGGCGGCGACGACGGCGGGCGCGCGUCGUCGUCGACCGACGCGCCGCCCGCGCCCGCGCCUCCUCCGGCGCCUCCUCCGCCGCCGCCGCCCGAGGACGCGCGCGCGGUGACGGCGGCGCGCUCGCCGUUCGGAGAGAUGGACGGCGACGAGGACGACGUCUUCAUGAACGCCAUUCGGGACGCGCCGAGGCAGGCGCCGGAUCAGGCGCCGUUCGGGACCGCGCCGCCGCCGAACCCCGUCCACGUCGCGCCCGCGGCGGUCGAGGAUGGCGUCGCCGCGGGCGCGGAGGCGGAGGCGGCGGUGCGGGAGCCGUCGCCGGCGGCCGUCGACGCCGCCGCCGCGGCGACGGCGUCGUCGACGACGACGACGACGACGCGGCAUAGCUCGGGUCACGCGCAGCCGUGGUCGCAACCGCAACCGCAGUAUCACCAACCGCAGUAUCACCAACCGCAGUAUCACCAACCUCAGUACGGAGCGCACGACGCCACCGUCGCGGGGACGUACGGUCAGCAGCAGCAACAGCAGCAGCAGACGUCGUACGCGGGAUACGCGCAAACGACGGAGUACUCCGGAUACCACCGCUCGACGGGCUAUCCGCCGCCGGCGGCGAGCUACCCGACCGGCGAUUACGCGCAGGAGGCGUACGCGGCGUCGCAGCGCGCGGCGACGACGCCGCCUCUGCUGCCGACGCCGACGUUGACGCCGCUGAAUACGGCGCCGACGACGUUCAUGGUGCCGCGCGUCGACGAGACCGUCGAGACGCCGAGGACGGCGGCGGCGAACGCGGCGGCGGCGGCGGCGGCGGCGCGCGAGUCGGACGCGUACGCGCCGCCGCCGCCGUCCGCGUUCGUGCCGCCGCCGCCGCCGCCGGAGGCGCCGCCGUCGUAUGAGGCCGCCGCGCCCGUCGUCGGCGCGUACGGCGCGUACGCGCAGUCGCAGCAGCAGCCGCAGCCGACGCCGGCGUACGAGUACGCGCCCGCGGCCGCGCCCGUGUCUCCCGCGUACGGCGAGGCGUCGUACGCGCCCGCGCCGCCGCCCUCGGAGUCCGCGUACGGCGCUGGGUAUGCCGCGCCCGCGCCCGCGCCGCAGCCGGCCGCGCCGCCGCCGGCGCCGCCGCAGUUUAUGAUCCCCUCCGUCCCGGCGGCGGCGGCGGUCGCGGGGGAGGAUCCGACGAGAGCGAACGCGUCGUACGCCCACGACCAACCCGCGGCGACGCUCCCGCCGCAGCGCAGGGAAGCGUCCGCGGAGUACACGUCCGCGACGUCGACGCCGCCGUCGCAGUAUUCCGCGUACGGCGGCGGCGCGUCGUCGUCGUCGUCGCAGCAGUACGGGUACGAGUCGCAGCGGCAGCAGCCGUGGGCGCCGCCGCCGCCGCCGCAAUCGCACUACGCGCAACAGUACUCGCAACAGCAGCCGUCGUCGUCGCCCGCGGUCGUUCAGGCCGCGUACGACGAUUUCGGGAUGUCCGGUGGCGGCGGCGCGUACGGUGACGCGUCGGGCGCCGGCGGGGGUGGGUGGGCGUCCACGGCGCCGACGCGGCUUCCGCCGCGAGGACGCGCGCGCGGAGACGACGACGCGCCGUCGGCGGCGGCGUACGCGUCCACGUCGCACGACGGCGGCGACUUCUCCGCGUACAACACCGGCGGGUCCUCGCACGCGACCGGGGACGCGGGGACGCCGCGGUCGACCCACGGCCGCCCGCCGUGCGUCGGGAUCGGGUUCGGUUUCGGCGGGAAGCUGGUGCUCUCGUCCCCGGGGUAUCCCGGCGGGGACGUCGCCGGCGGCGGCGGCGCGCCGCCCGGGCACCUCCGAAUCAAACGCCUCUGCGAUUUAAUACGCGACGCCGAGGGCCCCGCGAUGGCGGCGGGGCCCGGCUCCGACCCGGCGUUCCCGUCGGCAUCGCGGCUCGGCCCCGGCGGCGCGUGGCUCGACGCCGUGACGCGCGCGCCGACGCCCGGGCCGAUGACGCGAAACGCGUCGUCGAGCGCGCUGACCAAGUUCGCCGACGCGCGCGCCGCGGCCGCGACCGCGGGCGAGGACGAGGACAGCGUCCACUCCGGGGGUUCGCACGCGUCGACGUCGACGACCGGCGGCGGGUUCGUCGUCGGCGGCGGCGGCGGCGAGGGCGACCCCGAGGGCGCGGCGCUUCUGUGGGCGCUUCUGCGGGCGAUGUGCGCGCGCCGAGGGCCGCUCACCGUUCCCGCGGGGUCAGACCCGACGGGGUCGGACCCGAGAGGCGCGACCGCGACCGCGGAACUCAGAGCGCUGCUCGUCGGAGAGUAUCAUCCGCACGGCGCGCGCGUCGGCCCCGGCGUCGCGCAGCCGCUCGCGGACGCCGCCGCGACGUCGGCGGCGACGGCGGAGGUGGAGAGGCUUCUCCUCGGCGGCGAACGCGCGGCGGCGCUCGAACGCGCGCGCGCCGCCGGUCUCUGGGCGCACGCGCUCUUGCUCGCGUCGCACAUGGGCGAGCCGCACUUCGCGGCGACCGCGGCCGCGAUGGCGAGAGCCGAGUGCGUCGCCGGGUCGCCGCUGCACACGCUCGAGCUCGUGCUCGCGGGCGCGCCGGGGGAACUCGUCGGCGGCGACGUCGACGGCGGCGCGGCGACGCCCGGAGCCGGGGCUGGGACCGGGGACGCGUCUGGAUCCUCCUCCUCCUCCGCCGCCGCCUUCGCCUUCGCCGGCGAUCCAAACGCCGCCGACGCGCUCGGUCUCCUCCCGCGCUGGCGCGAGAACCUCGCGAUCCUCGCCGCGAACCGCGCGCGAGGGGACGAGCCCGUGAUCGCCGCGCUCGGCGACGCGUUGUGGCGCCGACGCCGGUCCCCGCACGCCGCGCACGUCGCGUACGUUCUCGCCGGAUGCCACCCCGGAGCGUUCCACCCGAGCUCGCGCGUGUGCCUCCUCGGCGCGGACCACAGGGCGCGGCCGCGGACGUACGUCACCCCCGCCGCGGUGCAGCGCACGGAACUUCUGGAGCACGCGCUUUCUUCGGCGAACCCGCAGCGCGUCCUCGCGGCGUUUCAGCCGUACAAGUUGGCGCACGCGGCGACGCUCUCGGAGCUCGGCAAGGCCAAGGACGCGCUCGCGUACGUGGAAGCCGUGGCGAAGGCGUGCAAGGCGCUGGAUCAUCGACAGUGCGUCGAAUGCGACGUGCACCGGCUCGCGGCGACGUGCGGGGAGUUGGAGCACCGUCUGCGGGGCCACCUGGGCGGGAAGGGCGGGGUGUUACACGCCGUCGGGAAGAGCGUGUUCGGGGGGUUCACGAAGAUUCUGGACCGCGGCGUGAGCGCGGUGUUCGGGGACGAGGGCGGCGGCGGCGGCGGCGGGUCUGGCGGCGCGCAGUACGAGCAGUAUGCGCCGCACGCGCAGCAGCAGUUUCACGGGGCGUAUCAGCAGAACGGCGGCGGAGGGGCGCACGCGGGGGGGUACCAGGCGCAACCGCAACCGCCGCAGUCUCAGCCGCAGCCGCAGCAGCAGUCGCAGUCGCAGUCGCAGCGGGAGGCGACGCACAGCCGGAACCCGAGCGCGCACAGUCGCAAUCCGUCCACGGACUCCGUGGACAGCUCCGCGUCGCGAUCGUCCGCGGCGCCGAAGAUGUCUCUGUGGCGGUCCGUCAGCGGCGUCAUGGGCGCGGUGAUGCCCAAGCCGAAGAACCAGGCGAAGCUCGGCGAGGAGAACACGAUGUAUUACGACGAAAAAUUAGGACGGUGGGUGGAGCCGGGCAAGGAAGACGACGUCGACUCCGGGCCGCCGCCGCCGCCGCCGACGUCGUUCGGCGGCGGCGGCGCGCCGACUCCGCAGAGCGCCCCCGACGCGAGCGGGUUCGUGGGGAUGCCCCUCGGCACGCCCCCGGGAGGCGGCGGCGGCGGCGGCGGCGCCCCGUCGCCGAACUCUUUCAGCAUGCGCGCGCCCACCUCCGGCGGCGUGCGGUCGCGGUACGUCGACACGUUCAGUUCCACGAGCGCGCCCGUCGCGAGCGCGCCGUACGACGCGGCGGGUCUACUCCCGCCCGGCACGAUGCCGCCCGGGCUCCAUCCCGGCGCGGCGGGCGCGUCGAAGCCGACGAUAUCGAUGAUGGUCCCGGACGCGUCCCCGAUCGCGGCGGUGCCGGAGAGCCCUCGACGCGAAGCCGCGGAGGCGGGCGGGUUCGACCUCCCGGACGACGACGCGCCGCCCGCGCGCGCGCCCAAUCGUCCGACGCCGCCGUCGGACGCGUCGCUCGCGCCGGAGCCGGAGAGCGGCGAGGCGCCGCCGCCGCCGCCGCCCUCGGCGUCGGAGGCGGACCCGACGGAGGCGGACGACGGCGUCCUCGCGACGCUCGAGGUCGCGGACGCAGACGCGGUCGCGGCCGACGACGUCGGAGGAGGAGGAGGAGGCGCGACGGGGACGGACGCGCUCGCGGAUAGGCUCGCGCGCGUCGCGCCGUUCGCGCCGGGGACGGGGACGGGGCCGGGGACGGGGCCGGGGACGGGGACGGGGAGCGACGCGGACGCGGACGCGGACGGUUCCCCGCGCGCGGCCGGGCCGGAGUCGGCGGGGUCGACGUCGUCGGUCCCGCCCGCCGCCGCCGCCGCCGCCGCCGUUUCGGAUUACCGCGAACCAGAACCUGAACCGUCGCGGCGGCAGCAGGGCGAGCAGCGGCAGAGCGGCGAAGGGUACUGGAACGCGCGCGGGGAGUGGCAACUCGGCGCUUUCCCCGGCGGCUUCUACGACGAGUCGACGGGCGCGUGGAAGAGCGGGUUCUACGACUCCGAAGGCGUCUUCACCGAGGGGUACUACGACGGCGAAGGCGUCUGGAAGUCCGGGCAGCCGCCGACGGGGUACUGGAACGAGCGCGGGGAGUGGACGACGGGCGCGUUCCCGGGCGGGUACACCGACGCGACGCGAGGGUGGCUGUGCGGGUAUUUCACCGAGGGCGGGGAGUUCGUGGAGGGCUAUUAUUCGAGGGACGGAUCCUGGAUCGCGGGUCAGCCCGAGCACGGGGGGACGUUCGGCGACGACGGCGUGUUCGUCGCGAACGAGGGCGCGUCCGAGGGCGCGACGGGCGGCGAGGGAGAGAUGAUGGACGUCCCGUUGUGACGAUAAGCUUAGUCAGAAAAAGAGACUGGACGAGUGCGACUCGCGUCAGUAAUGUCGG